AUGCCAAAUGUGCUUUCUGAUGAUGAAGAGCUCCUUAAUGGAUUAGGAAGUGAGAUCAUGAAGCCCUCUAAACAAGGUAAUUAUAUGGCGAGGACCGUUAAAAGAUGGGUAAAUAACGAACGCGUAACCUCAGCCGAGUUGACGAAUGUCAAUGUUGACGGAGUUCAUGGACCGGUGAAUACUGAAAGUUAUAUAUCACCAGGACAGCUCUACUCCACUGACUCGGGAAAUUUGUUUCAUGCCGGAAGAAUCCUCGUUGUUCUAGUCGGUCUUCCAGCAACAUCAAAGACACUUUUAUCAGUAGCGAUUACAAGAUAUACCAGAUGGCUAGGAGUCAGGACGAAAUCGUACCAUUUUUCAGAGUAUAAAGAAUCAGCUAAAGAUAUACCUUCAGACUAUUUCUGCGUAGUACCAACGUCAAAAGAGGGUGUAGCGUUUGUUGAAAAGCUUCGCAUGCAGAUGUUGAAUGAUAUACUGUCAUUUUUCAAUGAUUUGUCAGGACAGCUAGCCAUUUAUGAUGCCCUAAAUAUCCGUAAAAUUGACAGAAAGAAUUUGGAGGCUACCUUUUCUGAAAUUGGCGUUAAAGUACUUUUCAUUGAAUCAAUCGUGUCUGAUCAAGAAAUCAUGAAUAGGAACAUAGCUCUCGUACUAGAGUCGAACGAUUACAGGGGACUUUCAACCGAUGAAGCAAUUGACGAAUAUAUGAGACGUUUGUCAGUUAACGAACCAUAUUAUGAAAUGAUGACACAUGACGAAGAACUAUCAUACAUUAAAUAUAUAAAUCUGGGAAGGCAGAUAAUUGUGAAAGAUAACAUACACGGUUAUUUGGUCAACAAAAUGGUAUUUUUCUUGAUGAACUUGAGGCAGAAAAAGGGGUGUGUAUAUUUUGCUCGGUGUGGUACCAGCGAUAAAGAUAACUACAUACACGAUGAAGAAUUAAAUGAAGAGGGAAUUCACUAUUCAAAAGUCCUCAAGGAAUUUGUCCUCCAACGAAUUAAGCAGAAGAGACUGGCCAAAAAAAAUUCUGAUUCCUUAGUCGAAGUAAUAGAUGGAAGUCAUGAUGAAGAUUUGAAGACCUCGCUGAUAGUUUGGACAGGUCCCAGGAAAAGGACCCAUGAUACUGGUCUCUUUUUUUCAAAAGAAGGUAUUAAAGUUCAGCAACGGUCAGAGUUGAGACAAUUGAACCCAGGGAGUAUUGCUGAUCUUAGCGACCAACAAAUAAUGGAGAAAUUUCCGUCAGAGUACAAAGAAUCAUUGAAAGACCCAUAUCAUUUUAGAUUCCCCAGAGCGGAAUCUUACCAUGAUCUAGCCGUUCGUAUGGAACCUUUGUUACUAGAAAUGGAACAUACGAGCAAGGACAUUCUCAUCAUUGCACAUGAGUCAACAUUAAGAGUUCUAUAUGGCUAUUUAAUGGCUUGCACGUGUGUAGAGUUACCAAAUCUAAAUUUCACAAGAGACAAAUUAGUUGAAAUUUCGUUCAGCCCUUUUUGCAAUACAGUAGAGUUAUUGAACAUUCCUUCAAGUAGCUAA